AUGCUGAUCUAUAUAUUCUUUAUUACUUCAUCUCAAAAUACUGUCAACGAAUUUUGGUUACCAUUGAUGUAUGCGGUUGUCAUUAUUUUAUAUAUGUUUCUAUCUAACAAUAUUGGACAGAAUAUAACAGAUCACGAUAAUUACGUACUCUCUACUGCGUACAACGUUCAGUGGUAUAGAGCUCCGUUACGUAUACAGAGAAUGAUACUGUUUCUAUUACAAAGAGAAACUAAGGCGUUUACUCUGAAUUUCGGUGGAGUAAUUAAUGCAUCUAUGGAGUGUUUUGCCACGUUAGUAAAGACUUCGGUAUCUUAUUUCACUGUCAUAUAUUCUACGCUGUGACAAAAUAAAUAUGAAUUUAAUAACAG